CAUUCAGAUGGGACUGACAGAAAGACAUAAACUCUCGCCUCACUCCCUCCUCUAAUCGUACCUAUCUAUACAGGACCCUUCUCCAGCCCUACACCUCUCACCUGUCACCUCACCUCUCUUCUCUCACCCCUUCUCCUCUCCCUCUCCAGACUUACUGUCACAGUCUUCUCUUCUGUACUGACUGCACCUCCACCCUCACUAUCAGGUACUGCACUGUGUGUGCUAUCCACUCGUUGCACUCGUUGCGCUGAACUUGGAUUGCGCCUGCGUCGUCUUCAGCAUCUCACAUCUCAGCAUCAGCCGCCGAGCGAGCGAGCGAGCUUGCGCCCAUGCCAUGACAUGACGCAGAAGACGUCUUGUUCCCUUUCUUCACCUCCACCUAUUCGCACUCUUCAAGAAUCCAACCCUCGAUAAGGAGUUUGUUGUAUUGUGGUCAUCGCUCACAAUACACUUGGAGUCUGUUGCCCUCCUUCCCCCCUCUUCCUGUGUUUUUCUUAUAUUGAGGGGUCAAGAAGAACUCAAGCUGUGCAGUGCCUUGGUCAGGCGCACCCACACCCACAUACCAUAACCAUAUCCACUAGCCCCUUGGUAUGAGCUGCAAUCACGAUGGAUACGCCGAGCAGCGAUUUGACCUCGGGCAGCACAGAAUCGCUAUCACCCACUUCAGCAGACCCGACCCCCGCCGACUCUCCUACGAAGACCACCCUCGAUAACCUCGAAUCCCUACUUGCCACGAACAUGUCCUCGUCAGCUGUCACUGAGAACAACGACGAAUCGGAUUCUGAUGUGUCCAUGUCUGCAGAUAGUGACGAAGAAAACGACACAGGCCAUGAUACACCAGAUAGCCAGGUUCUUUCCUCUCUGCGAGGUCUGCCACAAUCCGACACACCACACAAUCAUGCUGUGGAAGCAUCCAAAAAACGAAAACACGCUGGUUCUUUGGAGGCCCCAAAUGGCCAGCUAGACCAGCAAAUAAGCAACGAGUCCAGAAAACGUGUGAAGUCAAUUGAAUCCUUACCAUCGUAUCGGACUCCUCAGGGAGGUCUUCAGCCAGACAAGUCUCUUUUACCAGCUGAGAUAUGGCACCACAUCUUUUCUUUUUGUCUUCCAAGAGUCUUGGGUCUUUCUUUGCAAGUCAACAAAUGUUUUAAUACCUAUCUUGAUCCUUCCGUACCAAAAUCUCCCGUUGCUUCUCUUUCAAGUUCAUCAUUGCCCCUUCUACAAGCUGGUGCCAUAUGGCGAGCCUCCAGAAUUCUGUUUCAUCAAAAUAUGCCUGGUCCUUUGUCUGGGAAAUCAGAGCUAGAUAUGUGGAGAAUGGCAUGUAGUUCUCGAUGCCAAUUUUGCAACAAGAAAGAGAUCUCCUCCUCCAAUACAGUGGACCAAUGGCAUCCAGGCCCUGGCAUGACUGGCCUUGCACGAGUAUGGUCUUUUGGUAUCCGUGCUUGUGGGUCUUGUAUACAACAAAACACAACCAAGGUAGGUGAUUGGUUCCGUAUACUUUAUACAAUAUAUACCUUGCACCAGGACCGCAAACUGAUUCUGGCCACAGGAAAUUGAUUUGCUUCUGUUCUCUGCUAUUGCAUCUCCACUAUUGGUUGCAUUGCCAUUCAUAUUUCUCACCAAUGAGCUUCACAUCAUACCUCCUACCACAUUACAGAGUGGCCAACAGCCAUCUUCUAUUCAAAUUUCCAAGCGAUUCCCUAAUUUCCAAAUUGAGGAGAUCAAACGGGAAUUCCAAGAGGCAAAAGUUUUGGGAGCAGCCACUACGGAGGAAUGGCUCAAAGGACUAGAAGAGCGUGGGAGAGAGAUGAGAACUGACGCUGCUCGAUGGGAGCGAUGGGAGUUUUCUGGAGGAGUUGCCAACAUGCGUCCUGUGGCGAGUCAUGAGGUUAAAAAGGAGCCAGCUGUGAACGUUGAGGAGAGAUCAACCUCAAUUGGCGUCAGUCCAUUAUAUCGAUUUCAACCUUCUAAUCCACUCCCCCAAAGAAACUUUCCACCAUUCACGAAUUCUCGGUCCUCCCAAAAUCCCUACCCUCCUCAACGUACGUCUGGAUUCAUGCCUUAUGAGCUCUAAAUUAUUGCAGUCCUAACAAAUACACACUCUAGCUUCUAGUGCUCCACCCUAUUUUGAUACCCCUUUCCGGAAUGGGUAUACCCCAUAUCCGCCACCCCCACGAGCACAACCCCAGGUCAGACAUGAGAGAACCAAGGACGAGGUUGCCUCAUUAAAGGCUGCGCGACGAGCGGAAAUAGAGAGGCGGUCCAUGUUGCUGUCACCACCACUAACUGCUGCGGUUUUAGCACAUAUGCCUUCGUUCCAAGCCGCCAUACAAAUUAUCCAGCCACUGACCGAUGAAUCCUGGGAAGUAUUAAAACCAAGAUUGCUUUCACAGCGUGGGGAAGCUGAACAGCGGGAAACCGAUCGCCUUGCUCAGACCCGAGUGGUUCAGGAGCGAUUUGAUGAGCGACGAUACCAGGAUGCACAGGCCAGAUCAAACUCCAAGGACAUUGUUGAUAGGGAGUGGGAUGAUGUUCAAGCUCCUUUGCGCUCAAGGAUUGGUGGGUAUGCAGAUGAGAUUAUCCGUGAUGGUUGGAAUGGUGGUGACAAAGUGGAUUACGACAAUGCUCCCAGGUUUGCUGCAGAUGUCCUGGUAUAUGUCCGGAAGAGGUUUUACGCAGAAAUGGCCAAAGAUGAAGCAACCGCUCGCGCAACUGGACAGGAGCCUACCUUGGAUCCUCCCAAUGGACCCUACCUGCGGAAACUUAUUUUGGAGAACAUGAAAUGGGUGUUUGAUACCAAGAUCAAAGUCCAUACUGAGCAAUAUCGUAAGGAACUUUUUCUUUGCAGUGCUUGCGAGACUAAUCCAAAGUUUUAUGGAUUCGAGGGUGUCAUCCAGCAUUACGCAGCCAAGCACACCAAUGAAUUGAGUUUUGGGAGUAUCGUGGUUCACUGGAAAGCGGAGUGGCCUGAGCGACCCCCUUUCAAUUCAGAUCCUGCUCCAUCGUCUAACCAAGCUUAUUACUCCGUCCCAAGUGCCAGUGCACCUUUUGUAAGCAAUGGUCCCGCGUUGCAUACCAACUAUGGAUAUGGUGGGUAUCAGCCAACUUCUGGGCCUUCUAUAUCCGCUCCCAUGGCGGGUUCUAUGCAGGCUCUUAUGCCCCCUCAAAUGCAGGCACCAAUGCCUCCUCCACUUCAUGGCCAAAAUCCACACGUUUACCAGGAAAGCCCAGGUCCUUACUAUGGUCAUCCCCACUAUGAAAAUCAGUAUUCAGGGCAUCAAAACGGACCUUAUGCUCCUCCACAACCAUAUCAGGAUAAUCCCCAGGUGUACCAUGGACAACAGCAGUAUUCCGCUCCACCACCAGCUAACAAUGUCUAUCAAGAACCACCACAUGAUUAUUCCCAACACCACCGGUUUGGAAAUUCUUACCAACCAUCUAACCAGGGAAUGUACCCACCUGCGAAUCAAGGACCACAAUAUCAAACUGCCCCUGAUAUGUCUGUUCAGCAAGAUUCCUACUCCUACCAAGGGAAUCAUUUUGGCCAAAAUUACACCCAGGUACCAUCUUAUUCAACCAACACUGUGGCACCACCACCUGCUCCACCCCAAAGGACAGAGGAUUACAAGACCCAAUUGCUAGAGGUAGCAAAAAGCGCGCGUAAGGUUUGGAACACAAUCAAUUCCAUUAAGGAAAUUGCUGGAAGCGUCAAGGUCCACACCAUCAUCUACCACCUUUUGUCACAAUUUCGCACAUUGUACCAGGAAGACCCUCCCUUAUCAAUGAUCAUAGAUGGUUUGACAAACAACAAAGAUAUGCGACCGCUGAGAAACAUCAAUGGUCUUCUUUGUAAAACAUGUGUUGCGGAGCUGACAGGAUCUAAAGGAAAUCAGAAGAAACAUUUUUCAAUCUCACAACUUCUGAGCCAUUUUCACACUAUCCAUGAGCAGGGAGUGUCCAAGAACACUGGACGCAGUCUGGACUGGACAAAGGACAUGGUUGAGCUUCCAGAUAUCUCGAAAUUGGCAUCCGCCAUCAACAAUGGCAAUCAUAAGCUUGACCCAAGGAUCAAACUUGUCAAAGAAGCUAUUCCAGAGCUGGACCCGCCAACUGCUACAAUAGAAGAGCGAUUUUCAAACGGCAGAAAGUACGAUCAUGUUGCUACCAAUUCAUACAGUCCAGAACUUGCUCCUUCUCGGGACAGCCACAACAAAUACUACUCAUCUGCCUCCAAGGGUGAAUCAUCAAAACCUGACAUUGUUGCGUACGAUAAUGGAGAGUAUGACCCCCGAAAUCCGAUGGAAAUCCCGCUGGAGCCGAGAACUGUUCUCCGAGUUGCACCCCAGGCAAAGUACCCCCUGGAGGACGAGCGUGAAAUUUUACAACCAGUCUAUCGACUAGCACCCCAUCCUGAGGACCGUCGCGAAAUCGUGUAUCAUGAUCGCCCGGGACACGUAUAUGACGACCGAAGGCCGGUAUCACCUCUAUCAAGGGCACGGCCAUCAGAAUACUACGAGCGCGUUGUAAUCCGAGAAGAACCGCCCUUUUAUAAUGAUCGACGGCCACGCUAUCGAGAAAGUGUCGAACGCAGCGAGUAUCGCAGUCCUGCACCAUUGCCCUACCAUGCGUGGGGUGCCCAAUCUCCUAGCCAAGGCUACCAGUUCCGAAAUCUGGAAUCUUUCUCUGGCAAUAGGCAGGAAAUUCAACCUGUGGCAACUGCCUCGGAGCAAAGUCGCAUCACCGAUGUUGUGGUACAAAUAUCGCAACAGGCCCAGCGAGCACAGGAUUCAAUUCCUCUUCGUGACGAAGUUGCCAAAGGUGGUUCGGAAGAUGGGGAAGUGCGGGCAAAAACUGCCUCCAAAUCCGCGUCCUAUCAACCUGAGCCACCAGAAGACCCCACUGAUGCUGCUGAAAGAUUCUUGGACAAUUUUCUUUCCGUUGAAGCUCCUCGAGAGGAAGCCCUUUCAAGAACACCACGAGCAGACAAGAGGAAGGUGUGGGAGCCUGAGAGUGGCGAACCUCUGCGACGUGCAUAUCAGCCUCAAGAGGAUCCUUACAGGGGGAUACGUGGAAUAAGUAGAGUGUCUUCGCGAGGUCGUCCCGGCGACGAGGGUACACUAGAGACAAGAUCUGUAGUACGCGAUCGACUUCCCCCGGAACAAUCCCGAGCCUAUGGCUACGAUGAUCGCUAUGGUAGCUCUCUCCCGGUGCAUUUAACUGUACGAGAACGUUCCCCUGAGCUAGUCGAUCGGCGAUACAAGGUCAAUAAUGUUGUCUAUCGGGAUGAGAGACAAAGCAGAACUCCGAACAGAUAUGCUCGGUAUGAGAGUGUUCGCCUGGAGAAUGACCGCGCACGUUCCAGGUCACCAGUGUACGCCAAAGUAGGUGGCCAAGCUGGGCAGUAUCGUGAGCGCAGUCCUGGUAGACAUCUACUACAAGAAACGUUUUAUCGAGCCCGUACUCCCCAGAUGCUGGUAGAUGGGUAUGCUCACGAGAGACAACCCCGACCGGGCUAUUAUCGCGUGUAUGCCGAUGAACCCCGGCCGGGGCCACAGUAUGCUACAGAGGCAUAUGAGCUUGUUCGCGUCUCUGAUGCGCAGGGAGAAUACGUUAUUCGGAGACCUAUUCGACGGGAACCUGCUGAGCCAGUUUAUGCCAGCUACGGAGACGAUGGCUAUGCACGACAGUCUGUUUAUGAAAGCCGAGCGCCUGUCUUGAGACCACACGAGGCUUCUUUUGAAGAGGAGUAUGAUCCUAGGCAUCCUGAGCCGCUCGCGCCGGUUCGACAGGUCGGCAGGUAUCAGUAAAAAUAUGGGAGGGGUUUUCUGCUUUUCAAAAGUUAUUUCUCUUUUUUCUUCUUUUCCUAUUCUACGAGGAAAAUAAUGCUGUUCUUAUUUCCCCUCGUCCUUUGGAAGUUUGAAUAGAACUCUGUUUCUAAUCUCUUUCCUUUCUCUAUUUAUUUUGGCAUACAAUUGGAUGCAUACCUCGGGCGCAUCUCUGCUUCUUCCUCUUCCUCUCCUUUUUCCAUGUUUGUUGCUGGGGAAAUUUGUACGAUUGUACGAUAACACGUUUUCCUGUAUACUUGGUUAUUGGCUGGCGUCCUGUUUUGCUUAUUUGCCUGUCUGAUUCGUAUGAGGUGGCGAAAUCAUAAUCCGGAUUUAACGUCAAAAUGGGUGGCAUUAUUUGAUUGACUAAUUGGUCGCUCUUGUUUCUAAAAGAGCUGGGGUUGGUAGAUAGGCUAGAUGGUUGAGGUGCUAAACUGUGCGUGCUUGGGGGGCUCUGGUGUGCAAGUCUUAAUGUGUGAUGGCUGAUGCGAGGUGGGAUUUGUAUCAUACGCGUAGGUAGUACGAUUCGUUCCUGUAGGAACUAAAUGGCGGUGUUGAAUGGUAUCGGUUGAGUAAGCGUAUUCUUCUUGUGGUGAUGAUCUUUGUUUAAGUUGGAGGGGCUUUGGUACUUACGUAAAAGUUACUUGCUACUUAUAAGUGCUCUGAUCGUUACUCUGUCAACGCUCGGCAAAAG